ACAAGUUGGGGCCGCUUGUUAUCGUGUAAUUUCCACUCACACACGGCCAGCAGAGAUGACGGAAAGUUCAGCGAACAAGCUGCUAAACGGAGAGGCCUGUCACCGCUCCUCGGGUGCUAAAAAAUCGAGCAAAAAUGGCAUCGUGAAGAACCACUGCCUGUUUCAACAGCCACACAAGUACCGACGCCCCCGGGAGAAGAAGCGAAAUGUCCCACACAACGCCAGCCUGUACAAGAAGCCUUAUGUGGAGUCGUUCGAGGAGACGCCUCUCAUGGUGGCCGUGCUCACCUACAUGGGCUACGGGAUUCUCACCAUCUUCGGCUACCUGCGGGACUUCCUUCGCCAAUGGAACAUCGAGAAGUGCCACGUGGCCCGGGAGAGGGAGGAGCAGAAGGAUUUUGUCCCCCUCUAUCAGGACUUUGAGAACUUUUACACCAGGAACUUGUACAUGAGGAUCCGAGACAACUGGAACCGGCCCAUCUGCAGCGUCCCCGGUGCCAAGAUGGACCUGGUGGAGAGAGUUUCCCACGACUACAACUGGACCUUCGAGCACACAGGCAAAGUAGUGCGGGACGUCAUCAAUAUGGGCUCAUACAACUACCUCGGCUUUGCAGAGAACACAGGAGCCUGUGCUGAUGCUGCUCUUGAGGCCACACAAAAGUAUGGAGUUGGAGUGGGCAGCACUCGCUGUGAGAUGGGCAACCUGGACAUCCACGAGGAGCUGGAGCAGUUAGUUGCCAGGUUCCUGGGUGUUGAGUCAUCGAUGGCUUUCGGCAUGGGCUUCGCAACAAAUUCCAUGAACAUUCCUGCUCUCACCGGGAAGGGUUGUCUUAUCCUGAGCGACGAGCUGAAUCACGCAUCACUCGUGCUGGGUGCCCGCCUGUCCGGCUCGACGAUUCGGGUCUUCAAACACAACAACAUGCAAAGCCUGGAGAAGCUGCUGAGAGACGCUAUCGUACACGGACAGCCGAGAACCCAUCGACCCUGGAAAAAAAUCCUCAUCGUGGUGGAGGGCAUUUACAGUAUGGAGGGUUCCAUUGUGCGUCUCCCAGAGGUUAUUGCUCUGAAGAAGCGCUACAAGGCCUACCUGUACUUGGAUGAAGCUCACAGUAUCGGGGCCUUGGGGCCUAACGGUAAAGGAGUGGUCGAUUACUUUGGCCUGGAUCCAAAAGAUAUAGACAUCAUGAUGGGAACGUUUACCAAGAGCUUUGGUGCGGCCGGGGGAUACAUUGGAGGCAAAAAGGAGUUGAUCGACUACCUGCGGCGCCACUCUCACAGCGCCCUGUACGCCACUUCCAUGUCUUCACCUGUGGUCCAGCAAAUAAUCACCUCUAUGAAGAUUAUCAUGGGAGAGGAUGGGACCACACUGGGUGCGGAUCGCCUCCAACAGCUGUCAGAGAACACCACCUACUUCCGCAGGAAACUCCGGGACAUGGGCUUCAUCAUCUACGGCAACGAUGACUCACCAGUCGUACCCAUGAUGCUCUACAUGCCUGCCAAAAUUGGGGCGUUUGGUCGGGAAAUGUUGAAGAGAAACAUCGGCACGGUGGUCGUCGGCUUCCCGGCGACACCUAUCAUCGAGUCAAGAGCGCGUUUCUGCGUUUCGGCUGCCCAUACCAGAGAGAUGCUCGACACAGCAUUGGCGGCUAUCAGUGAAGUGGGCGACCUGCUGCAGCUGAAGUACUCCAGACGUGAACUGCCUCUUCCCUCGCUGGGGUGGAUGUCUGAAGAGAGCCUGCUUCAGGACUGAGCCACAUCAUCCCCUUCCUGUCAUAUCUAGUCCUCUCCCCCCCAAACUCACUGUCCCUCCUCCCAGUUCCAUCCACAUUCUUUUUUUUUUUUUCUUCCUUUUUUUCCUGGUAACCCUCUCAUUUCUUUCAUUUUUCCUUUUUGAGCCAGACCCCUCCGCCCCACCUCCCCACCUCCCCCAUAGCUCAACUCAUAUCAAACCCCAGCGGACUCAACAGAACCAAAGUCUUAGGAGGUCUGACCCAUUUUGAGAACUUUCCAGCUGAUUCACCCAUAGCAGGGGAGGACCAAAAUCACCCUCAUCUGUGUCUGUUGUUACAAAAAAAGUGUGUUCAGAGAAUUUCAGGUCUUAACUUAUUUUGACUGCAUCGGUCUAACGUCAAGUCUUAUUCCUGUGUGCACAUUGAAUGUGUAUCUUAUUUGUGCAAUAAUAACAACAAUAUGGAGUUUCUCUGUAAUUCAAACAACCUAGAGCAAAGUGGACUGAUUUUUUUUUUCCAUGAGUUAUUACUCGUGCACUUGAGGUGG